AUGAAAUCUUUAAAUCAAGUUCUCAAUGUUGAACAACCUUCAUGCCUCCUGCUAUGUAAAGGAACACUCACAUGUACUGCCACAGUUCUUGAGCUUAAGAAUCUACCUCCUAAAAUUGAAAAUCUUUUGAAAGAGUUUGAGGAUAUAUUCCCUAAGGAAGGGCCUAUUGGGCUUCCUCCCUUUAGAGGAAUUGAACAUCAAAUAGAUUUAGUGUCUGGGGCUAGUCUACCAAAUAGACCAGCCUAUAAGACAAAUCCUCAAGAAACAAAGGAGAUAGAGUCUCAAGUCCAAGAGUUGUUGGAGAAGGGUUGGGUUCAAAAGAGCCUUAGCCCUUGUGUUGUGCCUGUUUUGUUAGUACCUAAAAAGGAUGGGAAAUGGAGAAUGUGUUGUGAUUGUAGAGCCAUAAAUAACAUCACCAUUAAAUAUAGGCAUCCCAUUCCUAGGCUUGAUGACAUGCUUGAUGAAUUGCAUGGGUCCAUCAUGUUUUCUAAAAUUGAUCUAAAGAGUGUUUAUCACCAAAUAAGAAUCAAAGAAGGUGAUGAGUGGAAAACCGCUUUUAAGACCAAAUUUGGAUUAUAUGAGUGGUUGGUGAUGCCCUUUGGGCUUACUAAUGCACCUAGCACAUUAAUGAGGCUAAUGAAUCACGUUCUUAGAGAGUGCAUAGGAAAUGUUAUUUUCUUAGGUUUUGUACUAAAUAAAAAUGGGGUCCAUGUUGACCCUACAAAAAUAAAGGCCAUCCAAGAAUGGCCCACUCCUAAAAAUGGCCAACACAAGCUGAAUAAAAGACAUGCUAAGUGGAUGGAAUUCUUGAAACAAUUUCCUUAUGUGAUAAAAUACAAGAAGGGCAAAAGUAAUGUGGUGGCUGAUGCCUUGUCUAGAAGGCACACUUUGUUUUCAAAAUUGGGAGCCCAAAUUCUUGGAUUUGAUCACAUUUCAAAAAUGUAUAAUCAAGAUUCUGAGUUUUCCUCUACUUAUGCUGAGUGUAUGGAAAGACCUCAAGGAGGUUUCUAUGUGAAUGAGGGGUAUUUGUUUAAAGAAGGAAAAAUUUGUAUUCCCCAAGGUUCACAAAGAAAACUCCUUAUUCAAGAAACACAUGAAGGGGGAUUAAUGGGUCAUUUUGGGGUAGAAAAAGUUUUGUUGAGCAUACAAGAGUUGUUGUUUGUAAGUCUCAGGGAAGUAAUGCUCUUACCGGAUUUUGGUGAACAGGUAAGGGGCUGGCUCUUACCAGGUUUUGGUGAGCAGGCAAGGGUUGUUGUUUGUGUGUCUCAGGGUAGGCAACGCUCUUACCGGGUUUUGGUGAGCAGCUUAUUGGAUCAUAAAUCGAGUGGAAGAAGAAUUGUAAGGGAUUGGAUAAGGUUUGCAAGUGCGGAGGAAGUUUUUGGGUUCUUGGAACAGCAGGAACUGCCUAGCGGCACCCAAUUGGCCGCCAGGCGCCAUACCAGAGGAUGGAGGGUAAUACGAGCAUUCUUUGAGUUGUGGAUCGGAAUAGCGAGUGUUCCCGGAGCAGAUGAUGUUGCAAGUGGUACUGGUGGAGUGUAG